AUGCCGGCCCCGCAGCCCCCCGCCCGGUCCGGCCAGGCCUUCACCAUCGCGGCACUGCUGGGACUCACUCCUCCUCCUCCUCCUCCUCCUCCUCCUCCUCCUCCUCCUCCUCCGCCGCCACCGCCUCCAGCCCCCCCGCCGCUCUGGGGAACCCCCCCCGGUCCGCUGCCGCCGCUCGCCGACCCCCGGCCGCUCUGCAUCGCCUGCUGCGGGGUCUCGCCCCCCUGGGCUGCUCGGUUGGGGGCAACAGGCUUCCUGAUCUCCAAGUGCUGCUUGCCCAUCUUCAAAGCCAAGACUGGCAAAGCCAAGCGGGUCCGGACCAUCUUCACCAGCGACCAGCUGGCCCGGCUGGAGAAGGAGUUUGCACGACAGCAGUACAUGGUGGGCACGGAGAGGUGCCUGCUCGCCUCCUCCCUGCACCUCACUGAAGAGCAGGUGAAAGUCUGGUUCCAAAACCGGCGGAUCAAGUGGAGGAAACAAAGCCUGGAACAGCAACAAGCCAAACUGGCCAAAAUGGGUGGCCACCCCGCAGAGGAGCCCUGACUCGCAGAGCCACCACGGCGAAGAGGACAAGGACUUCCCAGCAGAGUCGGAGGACGGCCAGGAGGACACGGCCUCCUCCCCCAGCUCAGGGACAGCACCCGCACAGACUGUGACAAAAAGCUGCUGAAUCGCCCCUUCGGGCCGCUUUUCCGUGUGUAUUAUAUGAAUGUAUCAUAUCUAAUAUAUACAG